GAGGCAGGCAAUGCGUGGCAGGCGGUGAUGAGGGCAAGUGGCUGGCUUGGCGGCGUGGCGGUAGGAAUUCACUUGGCGACGAACAUGGAAGGAACACUGAGGACAAUGAGAGACACAGAGGUCAGAAAAGAGACGUGGAAUUGUGUAGCUUAGGUGGAGACUGGGGAGCCGUUGUACCCCGAGGGAAGCCAUACUCGGUGUUCGCUGAUUGGUCCACCUAACUUAUUAGGGUGGCCAAUCAGCAUACACCAUAAACUCUCUACACUCACGAGUGGCUGUCCUCAGUGAGGGUGGCUCCCACCCUCCGCCGCCGUUCGUAAUAUAGACGUGGGUCCACUUAACUUAUUAGGGUGCCCAAUCAGCGUACACCAUAAACUCUCUACACUCACGAUUGGCUGUCCACAGUGAGGGUACCUCCCACCCUCUGCCGCCGUUCGUAAUAUAAACGCCAUUGCCGUUCAAGGUAAGCUUCCUUUGAUUAAUUUCUUCACUUUACAUAGUUUUUAUUGGGUCCGUCCAAUGACUUAUUUGCGUCGUCGAAUGAAUUUGUUUGUGUCCACAAACGUUGCUUCCGAGUACAAGUACAACGCAGGUAAACGUGGUCAUCAUAGAGACCGUCAUCAUUAUUAAAAAUGAUUGUCGACACUUACAGGCGUUUCUUUACAGGAGAGGGUGAGCCGUCUGACCAGUAGCUAAUGGAAGCCGCCGCAGAAGUCGAGUCUCAGCGUGAGUGAAUUUAAUGUCUCUACUGCGUAGUCUGAGUGAGAAUGAAAUUAGACUGACAGCAAUGUCUCGACUCGACAGUGUCUGAGGAACCGUCAGCAGCCGCCUCAACCUCCGCCGCGUCCGCCUCUGCCGUAGGUGCACUCGCCAGAGGGAAGACAGCUGGCACAGAGUCGACCCCCGACACAAAGGUGCUGCCGAAGGGCUGGCGCCAAACUUUGCCGGAGACUGAGCACGAAUGGCUGGCCAAAGCGGUCUACGUCAAAGGCUCCGGUGGGAAAAUGGUCCUGACGUCGGAGCUGCAGCUAUGGUGGGACCCCCCCAAAACGCCACUUUAUUACACCCAGCCCCCCACCUCCUCCAAGGCCUUCUUCCACCACCGCUUCUUCCUCUGGGCGCCGUACAAGAUGUGGGGGUUGAAGCUGGCCUGCCCCCACUGCCGGCCCCACAGUGCCAAAUGGUACGUGUGGUUUGUCCUGUAAGGUAUGUGAGAGGUUUCCAGGCUGGCAACUCAGGUGGCAGCAUUUUCUGCGGAUAGUCUCGCCAUCGGAAAGGGCACGGAGGUGGCGCACUUCCCAAGUGUGAGCAGGUUGAUGGAGGCCAUUUUCAUCGAGCUGUGCCACAUCCACACUCAGGGGCACAGCCUGGCCGGAAUCCGGAUGAGCCGAUGGGGGCUAGUGAUGCGUGACUUCGGGCGCAUCAAACAGAUCUGCAGGUCUGCGCAGCUGCUGGCCGCCGCUCCCAUCCAGCUGGUGGAGGUCAAUCACCGGACCCUUUCACAGUGGUACAACCGGAAAAGCAAGGAGGAACUGGCCAGGGGCCUGUGCGUAGUGCUUCCGGCGCCCACCGCAGACCAGGUCGCAGCAGAGGCACUCCCACCAUCCAAGCCUUUACUGGAGAAGGCGGUGCAGACCAGUAAAGGCCUGGAAUACCACCACCCAAACGACACCUCUGGUCUGGCAGUCACUCACAGAGGGCCUGUCCUGCCAGAGCUUUUUGCAGCUUUUUUCAUCCUCCUCCUCCUCCGUCGCUGCUGCUGCUGCAUCCGCUUCGCCCUACUCCGCCACUGUCUCCGGUUUGUCUUCCUCCGCUACUGCUGCUGCUGCUGUGUUCGCUUCGUCCUCCUCCGCUGCUGCUGUGUCCGCUUCGUCCACCUCCGCUGCUGCUCACAUACGGGAGCAUCAGAUACGGCCGCAUAUGGGCUUCGCCACUCCAAGUGUCAGCACCCUCCCUGGCAGCAGUGGUGGUCCCAAAAGGAGAAAUGCAACUCAACAUAAAUGCAAGCUCUGUGGAAACCCCAAGUCAAAAGCAUUUGGCCACAGCCGUUACAGGAACGAGCACUUUUGCUCUCAGUCGGCAGGGCGUUUGGUGGAAGACUGCCUCGCUGAGAAGAAGAGGGACGAGGCACAAUCAAAGACCCAACAUCAGCCCGUACGCCAUCUGCUGCCUCAACCUCCCAACAAUCCCCCCCGCACCCCAAACACACAAUAGCAUCCAGCGUGGUGCUGUUGUCGUCGUCGCUUCUGACCACUUACCACUUUAUUUAUCUAUUUGUUCUUUUUAAAACGAUUGCCAAAGAUAUAUAGUGUUUCUUUAUUUUUAUUGAUUGAUUGACGACAACAAUGACGACAGUGUGUUUUUUGCUCUUAAAAAAAAUUGUUGGCUGUGUGUUGCUUUUUACAAAUAAAAG